AUGGGCCGUAAAGCUGCACCGCAGCCGCUCUCGCUGGCGGAGACCACGCGGCCCAGCGACAAGUCUCCUCGUCUUGGUGAAACCGUCCCCCGUUCUGCGCGACUACCGUCCGACCCUACGUCGCCCCGAUCCCCACGCUCUCCCUUCCGCUACGGCCAGAACAAGGUGGAAAUUGCUAGCAUUGGAGAGCCCCAACCGCUUGCCGAUGUCUUGCACCAGCCCCGACAGUCGCUAGAACACCAAGAGGAGCAGAGGCCGCCGCGGCAAAGGAAUCCGGACGACGCCCGUGACCCGCCGCAGCCCUCGCCAAGAGAUCAAGCUGCGGACCAACAACAGCAGCUGGGCCACAGACACCAGCGGCGCGGUGAGGACAAGACAUCCAAAUCGGGCUUCUUUUUCAACUUUGGGAAGGGGGCGAAGUCGGAUCGUCCCAUUGUGCACCAACACUCCAAUUCCCGCGCCGAAGUCAUGUCGAGGGACUCGGACAGGCCGGCGCUGUCGAAACAAAGCACCAAGCAUUCAGACUCGCCCCAUCAGGACCCCUCGGUCCAGAAGUCGAACACACCACUACCUUCUCGAUCCGAAAUAUCGCUAGCCUCGACGGUAGACUACGAGAGCCCGGGUAAUUCAGUGACCUCGUCGAAGCGGUCGAAGCCCAAGCCCUUCAACCUACUAAGCCGCACCAGGUCCACCAAGGACAAGGACUUCAAAGACAGCCCGAGCCCUAAGGAUCACGUUCCACCACUGGCGCUGGCGCCGGCCAAGGCAGCCGAGCCCGAAAGACCUUACGCUUCGUCAACAGCUCCGAGGACGGCCCCGCUUCAAGCACGCGACCGGUCGUUUCGGGAGAUGAUGUCGGCCGUCAGGAACCAUUCGGCUGAGCGGUCACAGAACAGGGACGUCGGCGGGAGAGGAAGAGGCCAAGACGCCCAGCAGAGGGAUAAUGCCUCUACGUAUACCCAGACACCCGGAGGAGCCUUCUUUAGCCACCUCAAACACAGCAAGGCGGCGGGCAUGCUCAGCAACCGCUUCUUCGGUUCAAGACAUGAGUUGCCAGUGCUCAAGGAGCCGACGGUGGACGACGAGCACUAUGUUCUCAGGGUCAUUAACCUGCCUCUUGUUGAACAAACGCGGCUCACCAGGAUAUCCAAGAGACUGGAAGACUCUCGGGACAAGACCGAGUUUUGGAUGCCCGCGUUCCCGUGGAGAGCGAUCGACUACCUGAACUAUAAGGGCAGUGAGGUCGAGGGUCUAUACCGGGUCCCGGGCAGCGGGCCGCAGAUCAAAAAGUGGCAACGGAAAUUCGACGAGGACUUAGAUGUGGACCUCUUUGAAGAGCCAGACCUCUACGACAUCAACAUCGUCGGAUCCAUGCUGAAGGCCUGGCUGCGGGAGCUCCCCGACGAGCUGUUCCCCAAAGAGGCCCAAGACAGGAUUGCAAAGGAGUGCGCCGGGGCGGAGAGUGUACCACCGCUGCUCGUCGAAGAACUCUCGAAGCUCCCGCCUUUUAACUACUACCUCCUCUUCGCCAUUACUUGUCAUCUCAGUCUCCUCCUCGCACACUCGGAGAAGAACAAGAUGGACUUCCGGAACCUAUGCAUCUGCUUCCAGCCGUGUAUGAAGAUCGACGCCUUCUGCUUCAAGUUCCUGGUUUGUGACUGGCGCGAUUGCUGGAAGGGAUGCAAGGACGAGGCCAAGUACAUCGAAGAGGAGUACGCACGUUUUGACUCGCCGCCACCUGGUGGUGUGAAAAAUAGAAAUGGAGGUGGCGGCGGCGAGGAGGAAGGGCAUGAGGUUCGCACCGUUUCAUCGUCGGAUAGCGGAAAGAGUCCCAACCGCAGCGCAACCGAACAGAAGGGGCGGCCAAGGCAGAAGACGGUGGCCGAGACGGAGAGUACUGAAACGAGUUCAACAAUAUCGACGACACUUACGGUCAGCAGCGAGCGUGAGACGCCGCCGAGAAAGUCGGGCGACAUGCGGCCCCUCUCGCCUAUUAAGCCGCUAUCGCCGCUCAAUUUUUGA